GCGCGGAGGAGGCGGAGGCUGGGGAUGGCGGCGCUGGAGGAGGAGAGAAGAGCGGGGACACGGAUUGAGCACUGACUGACACAGACACCAGGCACGGCGGAUACACGAAACCUGGAUGACAGACUCCUGAAUCUCAUACUGAUUGUUUAACAUGUGGGUUUACAAACUGGUCCUUGUUACCCAAUAUGUAGCCUGAACGAGCCUGGAUCUCUAUUUAAAAUAUUUUGUGGGGAAGUGAUUUUUGGCGUGUUAAGUCGGACACUGAAUUAUAACAGAUUUCAUGAGGUACCUGACUUAAGGCAGAACCACAAUCAUGAGUGGCAGCAUAGGAAAAGAGAAGGAUCCUAAGGAUAAUGAAUCGAAGGUGACCACUACAUCGAAGGAUAGAGACAAGGAUCCAAAGGCAUGUGGCGGGUUAGUAAAGGAAGCCCGGGAGAAGGACCUUAAGACCAAACUUAAAGAUGCCAAAGAAGGAAAGAAAGAUGCUAGUGGAGCACAACCUGCAGUGACUUUUACUGUGGACAAUACAAUAAAACGCCCAAAUUCAGGGAUGCGUAAAAAGGCCAGCAAUGCAGAGGUGAUAAAAGAGCUAAAUAAAUGCCGGGAGGAAAACUCCACGCGCUUGGACUUGGCCAAGAAGUCUAUACACCUUCUUCCUUCAUCCAUCAAGGAGCUGACACAAUUAACAGAACUUUAUUUAUACAGCAACAAGCUGCAGUCGCUGCCACCUGAGGUGGGCAGCCUGGUGAACUUAGUGACGCUGGCGUUGAGUGAGAACUCUCUUACCAGCCUGCCCGAAUCUCUGGACAGCUUGAAGAAGCUUCGCAUGCUUGACUUGCGACAUAACAAACUGAGGGAAAUCCCUCCUGUGGUUUACAGGCUAAGUUCCCUGACCACGCUUUUCUUACGGUUUAACCGCCUCACAGCAGUAGAGAAGGACAUCAAAACUCUGACAAAGCUAACCAUGUUGAGCAUUCGAGAGAACAAGAUCAAACAGCUGCCUGCUGAAAUCGGUGAAUUAUGUAACCUUAUUACCCUGGAUGUGGCCCACAAUCAGCUGGAGCACCUUCCGAAAGAGAUUGGCAAUUGCACCCAAAUCACCAACCUGGACUUGCAGCACAAUGAGCUUUUGGACCUACCCGAUACCAUAGGAAACCUUUCCAGUUUGAAUCGAUUGGGAUUGCGAUACAACCGGCUUUCUGCUAUACCGAGGUCCUUGGCAAAGUGCAGUGAGCUGGAUGAGCUAAAUCUGGAAAACAACAACAUUUCUACUUUACCAGAGGGCCUAUUGUCCAGCCUCGUAAAAGUGACCAGCUUAACCCUGGCCAGGAACUGCUUCCAGUCCUACCCUGUUGGGGGCCCAUCACAAUUCUCCACCAUCUAUUCCCUUAAUAUGGAACAUAAUCGUAUUAAUAAAAUACCUUUCGGAAUAUUUUCAAGAGCGAAAGUAUUAAGCAAGCUUAACAUGAAGGACAAUCAGCUGACCUCUCUGCCUCUGGAUUUUGGGACAUGGACAAGUAUGGUAGAGCUAAACCUGGCCACCAAUCAGUUAACCAAAAUCCCUGAGGAUGUGUCUGGAUUAGUAUCAAUAGAGGUUCUCAUUCUGUCAAACAAUCUCUUAAAGAAGCUUCCCCACGGGAUUGGGAAUUUACGCAAGUUAAGAGAGCUGGAUCUAGAGGAGAACAAGUUGGAGUCUCUGCCAAAUGAAAUUGCCUAUCUGAAAGACUUGCAGAAACUUGUCCUUACAAAUAACCAGCUGACGACCUUACCAAGAGGAAUCGGCCAUCUCACAAAUCUAACACACCUUGGCCUUGGUGAAAACCUUCUCAGUCACCUACCAGAGGAGAUAGGUACACUGGAGAAUUUAGAGGAGCUCUACCUGAAUGAUAACCCCAACCUGCAUGGCUUGCCGUUCGAGCUGGCUUUAUGCAGCAAACUGUCAAUAAUGAGUAUUGAGAACUGCCCGCUCAGCCACCUACCGCCACAGAUUGUUGCUGGAGGCCCUUCUUUUAUCAUUCAGUUUCUGAAGAUGCAAGGGCCUUAUCGUGCCAUGGUUUAAUGCAAGUUAAAUGUCCCACACACUGUACAAUACUGCAUUCAUGUUGUGUUAAUAUAUAUCUAUAUCUGGCCAAGGAUGGAGGUAUAGAUAUAUAAAUCUAUAUAUAUGUAUAUGUAUUGAAAGGCAAAUUUAUUAAGACUGCAUUAUGUGUUUCUGCUAAUAGAGGAAUCAUAGCCAUUUAGAUUUUUAUUAUUAUUACGUAAAGAAUAAGAAUUGCUUUGUCUGAGCUCUUUCUUUGCUGAAUUUGGUGGGUUUUCUGCCCUUUUUGUUCCUUUUUUUUAUUUUUAUUAAAUCUGAAAUGCCAGUUUACUUCAGAUUGGCUGCCAUCGUCUUUCAGUUGUAAUCACUGUUGACCAGAGCCUGUAGUCCUGGUUCAUUGGCCAUUUUGCAAAAAUAGCAAGACAGACUUUUUUUUUUUUUUUUUUUUACCCAGCUGUACCCACCUCAAAUCACCUUCAUGUAAAUUGCCAACUGCCCACUUGCUGAUGUCGUUAACUUAUUUUUUUGUUUUUGUUUUGAUAAUGUAUCGUUUACAGUCUGCAUUAUGUCACCAUAUCCUUGAAGAUGGUCUGCUCUGGUUUUUAUGCUUCCUGUGGAGAUAUGCCAGUUUUGUCAUUUAUAUUUAAUUGUGAAAUGACUUCUGUUAAUACAACCGACAUCCAACAAAUGUGUACCCUCCUAGUCUUUCCCCAGCUUAUCUGACUGCUGUGACCAUGGCCUCCUUUUUUUUUUUUUCUUUCUAUAUAAUACCUGGAUGUGAUGAGCAUACUAUUCUUAUUCACAUUGCAAACAUUAUCACAUAUCAAAAUGUGCUUAUUGGCUGUGCACUAUUUUUUAAAACAUUUUUAUAGUAAUAUCUAUGUGCAUAUUAUUUGCAUUCCCUUACAGGUGUAGACGAUUUUGACUGCAGAGUUGUUAAUUACAAAAACACUUUGCUUUUAUUUCCAUACAGGUAAAUGCUUCAUACAAUAUGUAAAGGUCUUUUACACUGCUUUACAAUACCCUUUUCUUCACACAGUGGUAUAGGGCUAGAUUUUGUUUGCAAUUCAACAUCACUAAGUAACCGUUUUGAAGCACGAAACCUCGCAAGGGCUCUAAACCAGCGUCAAGUGAUCUGCAUGCUUUUUUUAGAUGCUCAAAGGUUAAAACUGCAUUGUAAUAGACAAAUGUCCGCUGCCUACCUGCUAUUUGGUACCCAGCAGUUUUCAACUAACAAGGCAACUGGGAUGGUGCUUUCAUCUCAACCUAUCGGCUAAAAUUCAUCCUUCACCAUUUCUGACCAGCAAGAUCCUUUAGAGGCUUAAAUAUGGUGCUGUCAAGUCAUGAAAGAUCAGUAUUUCCACUAUUGUGCCAUUUUUUUUUUUUGCUUGUUCCGUUUUUACCUAUUUGUGGUGCCAAGCUAUUUCUUUGUUCUUAUGCGUUCAGUCUCUGUGUGCCAUGUUCAUGCAACAUUUUGUAUUGGUCUCCAGUAUAUUUUUUGCCAUGAUUUGCAUCGACUAUGUGCUGCCUUCUAAACCAUAAGACGACCUUGAAUCAACUUUACGAAGAAUGCAACACAACAGCAUCUGUAGAAGCUAUAUUGCAUGGAGUUUUGUAUGGUCUUGUGUGAAUGUGGAUGAAGAGAAUUGUGCUUGGCUUGCCUUUAGAAGCAGUGUCCAUCUCUCAUUAUGUGCAAUGUCGACAUCACUCUUCACCAGCACUCUGUGGUACAGUUGAAUUUGCUAGGAACGCACCCCUAAAAUAAAUCUGUUACAGUUUAUAAUAUUAGUAUGAUGGCCUUAUUUCUUUAACAAACCAGUAAGUCAGUGAGUGCUGGCACAUGAUUUAUCAAAAGAUUUCUAUUUCCCAUUUAGGGUUUUUAUGCAACGCAGUGGAAAUGAUUCCAGUCCUAGUUAUACAAUAGCAGAAACCUUUUAUUCUCCCAUCACAACAGGAUUAUUAUAGUUGUAAUUUGUUACCUGGCUUCUAAUUUCACCCGACAGAAACCAAAAUGAUCCAGCACGUGAUUUAAAAUGUAUUUGGUAUCCAGCAGUUCCCAUGUUCCCAAACAUUGUGCCAAAGCAGAGUCCAGAAUAUUUUCUCAAUCUGCUGCCCCACCUUCAUUACUCCUGUUACUAAGCAAACCUGUCUGUGUAAUAAAAUAUAUAUAAAUAAACUCAUAUAAAUAUAUGUAGAACUGAACUUAGAAGCUUGAGUUUAAAAAAACAAAAACAAAAAACCAAACGAGCAGUCCGAGCGGUUUAUUGAAUUAUAGUGAAUUGAAAACAAAAGUGCAAAAAUUAGUCCAAAGUUGGCGAUAUCUAAAAUUCGCAACUUCUGCUGUUGUCACAACCUUGUUAUUAUGGCCUAAAUGUUGCAAUCUGUUUUCCGUUUACUGCAAUAUUUUGUUUAGUGAGCACAUCAAUGAGUAACAUGGGUACGUUUAAGAAGCAUUAUGCUCAAGGCACUUAAAAAGUUAAACAUAGUGUAAUGUCUUCUUGAAUUCAUCCAAGUUGAAGUUAUAACACAAAAGUUAAGAUGAAAUACUUUUUUUCAAGAAUUGUGUAGGAGUUCCUGGUGAAAUAUAUAUAAUUUUGUAUGGUGUUGAAAUUGUGUGUAUAAACGUUUGACUGAAAUAGUGCUGCCUACAACUCUGAAGGAUCACUUUUGGUUUUGAUAUAGGAAAAAAAAAGCAGCUGAAACGAUCUUUUGGUUUCUACAAUUUAGAAGAGCAAUGCUUUUAAUAAAAACAAACAAAAAAUAGUUUUGCUUCAAACUUUAAAAAAUCACAAUCCACGUCAGCUGCAAAUUAAAAUCAGACACUUACUAAAGGCAGGUGACCAUGAGCGCUGUAUAUUUUACAAAUGUUUGUUCACCAUAUGUUUGCUGAUUCCACAUGUCAAAGCAUCAGUAUAUAUUGUCUCAUAUAACACUGGCCUGUCAGCUGAAACUGGCUGUAACGUAAUUUCUUAUAGAGGUACAAUCUGUUUGCAAACGCCUUUAGUCCAAUUGCAUUUGUCCUUCGAAAAGCAGGUGAAACUUAAUGCCAAGUGUAUGAAGCGUUUGCAGUGUUCCGUCUUUGUUAAUUUGUGUUCCUCUCUCCAAUUCCAAGAGUCGGUUCUCACCAUUUUAUCACGUUUUUAACCAAACCUUGAAUUAAACAUAUUAAACAUUAUUACAGGAAUACCAUAGUGUUCAAUAACGUUUCCCUCGAGCUGUCGCCCAAACCAUGAGUUGGCAAUGCCCGCUUAUUUGUUCAUCGUGAUGUAAUAUGUUGGUUCUGGGCUGUGCUAUAAUCUGUUGAAAUGAUGAAUUGUAAUAUAAGUGAAUAAAAAAUGAUCUGAGGAUG